AUGAAGACAUUCCAUAUUGUGGCAGGCAUUCUGGUCUCUGCCCUCUCAGUUCAGGCCGAGACCGAUUGUCAGGUAGGGGCAAACUACUGCGGAUGGUACCUUUCUGACCAUCUGGGAUGGUCCACAACGCCGAUGAAGAAUGACAUACAGAGUAUCUUCCACGUGUCCGUGGACGAUCAGCAUGCCAAAAACUACAUGUACCACUGCAACGCUGUACGGCAGGCAAGCCCAACUACAUCCUGUAGCGGGAAUUGUCAGGGUCCAAUCGCACAUUGCGUGAGGGCGGCUCCAACGGUGUCCUCCGCCUAG